UGGCAAUCUGUUUUGUAUCGUGUCUAGAACAUCCGAUCUGUAAAUAUAAGAAAGCCGCAGCAGAUGCGUCUACCGUGGAAACGGCCGGCCGAAAACCGGUUCUUCUCCACGCUGCGCUAGAACACCUUCCGUGCAAUGGAAGUUAUCUCUUCCCACGUGGCACCGCCGUGCGCCUUUCCUCCGCUUAUUCAUAUGCGACGACGCCUCCGUCGUUCGUGUUUAGUACCUUACGGCUGUCUAUUUCCUCAUUUGGCUCUUGCACCUUACGCCUCUCUUCUUCCUUCGUGCCUAAAUUACUGCGACCCCGAUCCUUUGGAUGCCGAAUCGACCAUGAGGGAUCGAAAGGGCGAGAAAUCGCACGGAUCGAAGCUUCUCGACCUCUUCGACGCCGACCCUAUGGCCCAUUCCGAGGACGAGCUCCCCUCCGGCAGCGGCAUUGGUACUUCCUCAGCCGUCGCCAGCCCCGGCUACUUCUCCGACCGCAACCCCACCGGCGGCGCCGCUUCCCCUCUCGAUUUCUCCAUCUGGACUCCUCUCAGCGUCGUCUCCCCUUUCGUCAAGUCUCCCUGGGCAUACCUCCCCCUCCUCUCCGAAGCCGACGCCGACCCCGCCGCCAGCGGACUCGUUGGCUCCCUCGUCCGCAAGGAGGGCCACGUCUACUCCCUCGCCGCCGACGGCGACCUUCUGUACACUGGAUCCGACAGCCGGAACAUCCGCGUUUGGAGGGGCUGGAGGGAGCUGUCCGGGUUCAAGUCCAGCAGCGGCCUUGUCAAGGCCAUUGUCAUCGCCGGCGACAGGAUUUUUACUGGUCACCAGGACGGCAAGGUUCGUGUCUGGCGAAAGUCCGCCACGAACCCCUCUUUGCAUAAGCGAAUCGGGACGCUCCCUAGAUUCAAGGAUUUACUGAGGAGUUCUUUUAAUCCCUCCAAUUACGUCAAGGUACGGCGCCACCGGAGAACCGUGUGGCUCCGUCACUUUGACGCGGUGUCCUGCCUCUGCCUCGACGAGGAGGCCGGCAUCGUGUACUCCGGUUCGUGGGAUAGGACCGUGAAGGUGUGGAGGGUAUCGGAUUUCAAGUGCUUGGAAUCCAUCAAGGCACACGACGACGCCGUCAACACGGUGGCGACGGGGAUCGGCGGGCUGUUGUUCACGGGAUCGGCGGACGGGACGGCGAAGGUGUGGCGGAGGGAGUCGGCGGGGCGUGGGGGAGGUGCCACCAGGCACGUGCUGGCGCAGGCGCUACUACGGCAGGAAAGCGCGGUGACGGCGGUGGCGGUGGUCGAGGUGGCCGGGGUUGUGUACUACGGAUCGUCAGACGGCGCGGUGAACUACUGGUUGUGGGAUGGGUGGCGGCGCCAGCUGGCGCACGGGGGGAGGCUCCGGGGGCAUCGGAUGGCGGUUCUGUGCCUUGCGGCGGCGGGGAGGCUGGUGGUCAGCGGGUCUGCCGAUAAGACGCUGUGCGUAUGGCGGAGGGAGAAGGGCAGCGCCGGCGGCGUCGGGGGGCACACCAAGCUGGCAGUGCUGAAAGGGCACGAGGGACCGAUCAAGUGCCUGGCGAUGGAGGAGGAGGACGCUGGCCAUGGCGGCGGGCCGCAGGGGCCACGCUACCUGGUGUACAGCGGGAGCUUGGACCAGUCGGUGAAGGUGUGGCGGGUAUUGGAGUCGGAGGUACCCAGCGGAUCGACGCCGGCGGGGUCAUGGGGAGAGGUGGAGACUCGCGGCGAGGAUCGGUGGUCAUCUUCUCUGUCAUCGGAGAGAGCGGGAACGGAGGUUGCGCGGCGGAGGAGCGGCAGUAGCGAGGGUGUGAGGUCGGUGCGGUUCGCUUCUCCGAUGCGGGACGAGUCAGGAAAGAGAGCUGCUCGUAUGCGGGCCACUGCAUGAAUACAUGGUGUACAUACCAUUAGUUUUUAUGAUUUUUGUAAUAAAAUAAUUACAUCUGAUUAA